AUUAACCUGGUUGGAUCAAAUCCAGUCUAUUAAAAUCAAAAGUAAGAGGCCGUGUCCGUUCUCUCGAACUGCUUUACGAGGAUUUUCGUCAGCUUCCCUCCGAAGUGAGAGCAGAAAAUUGAAGGCUGCGCUUUUCAGGAAGUGGAAAAGAAAACAGAAAUUACUGAAUCCCGCAAGCAAUGAAUUCCAGAAGGGAGUUUCGUAACAAUAGAGCUGCUCUUUUUGAUGGCAUUGAGGAGGGUGCCAUUAGAGCUACCUCAUCCUACUCCCAUGAAAUAGACGAGAAUGAAAAUGAUAGGGCUCUUGAUGGAUUGCAAGACAGAGUCAAUCUACUGAAAAGUUUGUCGGGGGGCAUACAUGAGGAGGUUGAAAAUCAUAACCGUUUAUUGGACCGGAUGGGGAAUGACAUGGAUUCAUCAAGGGGAAUCCUAUCUGGAACCAUGGAUCGGUUCAAGAUGGUCUUCGAGACUAAAUCGAGCCGGAGAAUGUUUACACUUGUGGCAUCAUUCGUAGCAGUCUUCCUAAUAGUAUAUUACCUGACUAGGUGAUGAAUCUAUCUGUCAGGAUUUCUAGGAUAAAAUGGGUAUGUUUAAUAGAAAUGGAAGAAACGAUCUUUCAUAUACCUAAUAUCACCCUACAGACAAUACGAGUAAUCCCAAGCUCUUCAGUGUAAGAUAUUUCCCACCUACGAGUCUAUAUGAAUGUGUUGUUGUGUUGGACCUAUGUUGGAUCAUCAGUGGCCCUGAUACCCUUCCCAUGUCUUGACAAUUCCUUGAUAGUUGCCAUGUAUAAUGAAUGGGCAAGGACCAAAUGGUUUGGGUGAAAUUAAUGAAGUCGUGGCUUUGGUUGCUCUUUAUUCUA